CGCUUCUUUCUGUUUGUCAGACUCGCAAUCCGAGGGAGAGGAGCGAGCCGCCAUUUUCCGAGCUCGUCGCUUCCCCCCUCGAACGACAACAAUAAAAAACGGACAAAAGCGAGCUUUUCUCUGGCCAAAUUGACCACGAAGACCUUUCGGAGAAGGAGAGAAGCGAUCGCGGCCAAAGAACGACCGGAAAAAGGAUACAUUUCUCUGUUUUUACGUGGCUUUUGUCGGGGGCGAUUGAAAAACAGCCGACUGGGCUCCUAUAGCUCCACUGCCCCCGUUUCUUUCGCCCAUUUCGUGAUUCCUAAACGCAGCCCGGAGGAGUGGGAGGAGGAAGAGGAGGGGGUUACCGAACACCGGAGCGCGCGAGAGGCCGGGGAUUUUUCCACCUGGACGUGCAACAGCGGAAUCUGCAUCUGGAUAAUUGCUUCAGCCUGUCACAUUAUUACUACUAUUUGUCUCAAGCGCGGGGAUUCAUUACAUUAAUUUCCCCCGGAAUCGGCUCCCCAUCACGUGGCUGCCCCCUGGCACAGUGGUAGGAGGGUGGUGUGGAGCUGGCCUCAGCACCGGGAGAGGCCCCCUCGCCCGCCCCCUCCCAGCGCUGCAUGGCUGCAAUGGCGCCCGCUCUGACCGACGCACCGGCCGAAGCUCACCGCAUACGCUUCAAACUGGCUCCGCCUUCCUCCACCCUCUCCCCAAGCGGCGUGGAGGGAAGCGGUACCACCAAUCACAUUCUUGUUUCUAGUAACGGCACCGUCAAGCGCAAAGCUUCAGAGGAGCGCCCCUCCCGUGGGGCUGGCCCCUGCAAGCCCCUUGUUACCUCAUAUCACUGUUCAGAUGACAAAUUGCAAGGUGUUUUACUGCAGACGCACAGCAUCCUACCAAGCCUCAUACCACGCAAACACCAGGCUUUAGAGCUGUCCGAGGAGCAGCUUAAGAGCAUCAUGAGUGCCGGUGGAGGAGGCGGACCCACUGUCCAAAGCCCCACUGUCAAUGGCGUGGCAAAGAAAGUGACUAAACCCUCUGACCGAGACAAUGCGGUGACCUUAAAUGGUGGCCAACAUAACGUCAAGCAGGAUUUGUCAAAUCAGGCUCAAAUUGUCAACUCCACUAGGGGAAUGACAAGGAACGGGCCACAUCGAGAUGGUGUGGAGCAGCAACAGCCAUCAACGUGUGAGUCCCAGAACUGUCCCAGCAACGGAGAACCUCCUGCAACUUCUCCAGCCUCAGUUUCAUCUUUCACAGAAGACAAAGUCUCAGACUGUCAGCCACUGGUUAGUGAAGAUACGUUGCUGCACUUGCAUGGGAUCCAGCAGGUCCCUUUAGAUGGCUUUGGAACAGAACUAAGCGACCGUACCCAGCACAGCCAGAGCAGACAGGGAGAGAUCGAGGCACGAUUACGGAGACUACGCAAACGGCUUCAGGUAGUGCAGGCCAAGCAGGUGGAGCGGCACGUACAGCAACAGUUGGGUGGACUACUUGAGAGCACACUAGGCGCUCUGGAUGCCAGACGGCCGAGGAGUCGAUAUGGUGAUAAUGGCAUCACUCCUCAGGAGAGGGACGAACUGGGACGAUUCCUGAAGGGUGGAUCCAUGCCAGCGGAGUUGGAACGACUAUCCUUAAGUUGCACCACCAACCUGCGAUCCGCUGAAUUCGCAUUUGAUUCAGACGCCACAGAAAGCAGCUCAGGAGGAGACACUGAUGUAGAUGAAGAUGAGUUGGCCCGGGUUGACAUUGAGCAACGCCACAUUCCUCUAUGUCGGCGAGCAGAAAACCGUUAUGCGGUGGACAGAGCUGCCAUCAUCAGUCACUGGAACUGGCUGCAAGCCCAAGUCUCAGACCUGGAGUACCGAAUACGCCAACAGACUGACAUUUACAGACAAAUCCGCUCCAGCAAGGGCUCUGCAGUUCUUGGGGAGAGCUCAGUGUGCGAGUCAGUACCAGAGGACAGCAAUGACUCGAGGACAAACACCAUUACCUGCCCUGUCCCACGGGAGCAUGAUGUUGUUGGCGUGGAAGCGUCACUAUCUUCUAAUGGUAUUGUCACAGAAACAGGCUUGAGGAAAAGCUGUGGACCCAUUAGGCAAGUCAAUGGUGUUAUCAACAGCUUCCGGUCGGAUUCCCCUGUCACCUCAGACCUGGAUGAACAGAGCCGUUUAGGGUCUGUUCCCUUCCCUACGAAUGACAACACGUGUGUGGCAGCCCGCACACGACCUCUUCUCUCAUACAGGAAACGCAGAGUUCUGCGGCCUGGCUCACUCACCAGUCUCAAUCGGAAGGCUCAGAGGUCAGUGGCUCCUCGCUGUGGCUGUGAGCUGAACUCUCAGUGUGUGAUGUGCAGCGGACGAGCUCCUCCUGCUGCAGACACCCAGCAUCAGCUCCCUCUGCUGGACAGACUGGCCCAGUUCGACCCCUGCGUUCACCCCAUCCUCUCCUUUACAGACGAUGUGAUGAUGAAUUUACAUAUGCAACGUGUACUGAAGGGACACUGGCAGAAUCGUCCUCUCGAGAAAAUCAAGCCCAUCAAGAAGAUUUCGCUCAAGCACAAGUUGUGUUUGGGUAGCCGUAUAUCAGACCCUUCAUCCAAAGACAAACACAGACUCAUCAACUCUCACCUUUCCACAGUCCGAUUGCCGCAUCAUAAGGUGCGUUCAGAGAAGGUGUCGCGUCAGCCAUUAGACAUCCCAAUGAGUGCCAGUAAACUUGAUUCUCGCCAGCAUUUCCGCCAUAGCAGUUCGUUUGACCGAAGCCUGAGCCGCAAGAGACCCCGUGAACCUUCGCUGGACCGCUCAGAGAAUGCUCCCAAGUUGUACAUGGACCUCGGAAGUCCAUGUCCAUCCCUGUCCACUCUCACCACACCGACCCACAGUCCUCUAAUGAGACAGCCGUCAGCAUCCGAAACCUCUACACCCCUGCACCUCAACAGCAACGCUGCCGCUACUAUUCGAAGAAGAAGAGGAGAGAGUCCCUUUGACAUCAAUAACAUCGUCAUCCCCAUGUCUGUGGCCGCCACGACCCGAGUGGAGAAGCUACAGUACAAAGAGAUUCUCACCCCAAGCUGGCGAGAAGUGGACGUUUUUGCCAAGCCCAUCGCUGAAGAGGAUGAUGCAGUGGAGGUCGAGGAUCUCUCUGAUGUCACUUUCUCCCAGCUUCACCUUCCAUUACAGGAGCAAGAGCGCUCUCGCUGGAGUUGGACUGCCAGCAACAUCGCAAAGAGGAGAGGCAGCAGGUCAUACAAGUCUGUGGAUGGACGGACAACCCCCUUACUGUGCGGCACCAACCCCUCCACACCACAGCCCUCGUCUCCAGACACGCCGCAUUUCCACCUGCUGCAUGAGUACAGCUCAGUGGCGUCUCCCACCAGCCCAGCCAGCCCAGAGAUGCUGAUGCUGACCGGCCUGCACACACCGGCCUCCAGAGACUCGCACCGGCUGCUGUCCAAUGAGGACACGCGCUGUUCCACACCAGAUACCAUUGAGGAGAUGACUCCCCAGCCGGUACAGCCAUGGGAACGUCGGACUUUUCCACUGGAUGUGGAGCCGCAACAGGAAGUUGAAAUCCAUCUCAGUCCAACUGGCGAGAGGCAAUGCAGGACCAUUCGACGGGUGUCCGGCUGUAGGUCGUCCAAGUCGGAGUCCGACACUGGGCCUUCGUCGCCCCUCUGCGAUGACGGCACAAAGCAGAAACCAACCAACCCACCCAAACCUACUCACCGAUGAAGCCUAGACUCUGCUCACCCGCCAAUCCCCCCCAAUCAUCCACCAGCUUUCAGAAACUCCUAAAACAGCAGCAACGUAGACGGAAAAAAACAACAACCAAACGAAUGAAAGUCCCUGUUGUUUGAUAUUCAAACAUCAGUAAAUUCUUUCACGGUUUUUAGUGAAUUGUAUGGAGAUAUAUAUAUAAAGAGACGCGUUUUAAUUUCGGGUCACUUGAGAAUCAAAUUGAUUAGGAUAAUAAAAAGAAAUUAAAUAUGAAAAAGAAGGAAAGAUUAGCUUGAGGGCUAAACCAAGAUAAGAAGCUCCUACACCUUUCGUCUAUUGCAGAAGAGCACUUUCCCCUAAGCUUGCUGAUCAAUCUGAGGGGCUCCGCUUGCGUUGUGUUUUCAGUAUACCAUCAGAAAUUACCCAUUUAGCCUCACGGUUUAUACCGGAGUGAUAAAACACCAAAAUAAAGCCAAUAAUAAUGAUUACAAGAGACUUGCACAAUGGCGCCAAUGCCUCUCUUUGUUCUCUCUGUGUGAAAGCACUUCCUUUUCUCUCCACAUUCCCUUCAUAUUACUGCAUAGGUUUCUCAUGUCUGGAAUUUUGGAUAAAUUACAGCUUCUGCUUUCAUUUGUGUCUCACGUUCUCUUGUAUGCCAUGGCCCGUUUCUGUCGGAGCGAAAGAGAGAGCAGGUGUCUUCAUCACAACCCUGUUGCUUUCUAAAUAAUGUCUGAUUAGAGCACUUUAUCGGUCUCUCUUGCACGACACUAUUGUCGGUGACCCAACAAUCAGCACCCAAAUAAACAUGCGCAGGCCGCUAAUAUUGAACACUCGAUUGCACUGUUGCUUAGCAUUGUGGCCCUUUCUCCUGUGAGCUUGCAUUAAUGUGAGUUUUGAAGCACUUGACGUUGCUAUGCAUGAUCAGGUUAGUCCAGAGAAUAUGCAAUCACUCCAGUAUAAACUGAAAAGUGCUGUCCUUUGUUUUGUUUUUGAGUGUGUGUGUGUGUGUGUGUGUGUGUGUGUCUCCUGGCCUCAUUUAUAAAAGCUCCACCAUUGGUUUAAAAUAUGUCUUGUUUAAUAAAACACAAUCUGCAAUACCCUACAGCAGAGCUGUCCAAACUUGGUAUUGGAGGGCCGGUGUCCUGCUGAGUUUAGCUCUCACUUCCUUCAACACACCUGUCAAGAAGUUUCUAGUAUAUCUAGUAAGAGCUCUAUUUGCUGCUUCAGGUGUGAUUGAUUAGGGUUGGAGCUAAACUCUCCAGUACACCGGCCCUCCAGGACUGAGUUUGGACACCCCUGUCCUACAGCAAUGGUCUCAAACUCAGUUCCUGUAGGGCCGCAGCUCUACAUAGUGAAAUUCCUACUACCUCCAACUCACACUAGUUUAUAGUAGUCUUGAACACCUUGAUUAGUUAGAUCUGCUGUGUUUGAUUUGGGUUGGAACAAAACUAUGCAGAGCUGCGACCCUCAAGGAAUUUAGUUUGGACACCCCUGCUCUACAGCAAUGGCCUCAAGCUCAUUUCCUGAGCUCUGCAUAGUUUACCUCUGCCAACUCACACCGGCUUAAUAGUCUCGAGUAGUCAUGAACACCUUUAUUAGUUGGAUCAGCUGUGUUUGAUUAGGGUUAAAAAAAACUAGGCAGAGCUGCGGUUCUCCAGGAAUUGAGUUUGAGACCUAGGCCUAACAGCAGGGGUGUCCAAACUUAGUCCUGGAGAGCUAGUGUCCUGCUAAGUUUAGUUCCAACCCUAAUCAGACACACCUGGGCUAGCUAAUCAAGCUUUCUAAAAACAUCCUUGCAGGUGUGUUGAGGCAAGUUGGAGCUAAAAUCUGCAGGGCACUGGCCCUCCAGGACUGAAUUCGGACACCCCAGCCAUCUUCAAAUACCGUAACGUGAUGUUUAAGUAAGAAAGUGCUUGACAGAAAAGGACUUGGCAAGUUUUCAUUCGUUGGCUCCCUCAGUUGCUGUCGUUCACAACCCCGUUAUUAUUUUUUUUUCAUGACUAGGAAUGAUUUCGGUUUGUUCCCAGGUCAGUUGAGUCACUGCUUGCAACUCCUUCCUGUUAUUUUAACUAAUGCGAAUGUACAAGUCUAAUAGCGGACACAAGUUACUUAUGAGUUUUAUAAGUAGCUUCUCUGUAUCUGUCGUUACAUAAUUCUAGCUAUUGUAGCCAUUUGUUCUUGUUUAAGGGAUGUCAUGUAAACCAGAAAUCCUUAAUAUAUUCCUUUAUAACUCACUGGAGUGUAACUUCAUCCAUAGCGUCAUUGAAAUCUCGUUUUUUUUUCUUGUUUUUUUUCUUGUUUUGAGGUUGUGUGGCAAAUCAUAAGGGGACCAUCCGCAACUGUCCCGUUUCCUGCUGAGAAACCCGUCACCCCAUUCAUUCUUAAUAUCAUUAAUAAUUAUGGUUCUCUGUGGGGGUCUGUGUACUUAUCAGGCAAAUGUACCAUAAGGUUUGACUAGCUUUCAAAAGCCAAUAUUGUAUCGUGUGAGUUAUUUUCAUACUUUGAAUUUCAUAUGUGGUGAAUGAGGGUUGGGUGAGUCUGGUAUAUCCUUUAGCAUGUAAUAGUUUGUACAAAAAGACAACAUCAAAAAAAAAAGUUUAUUUUGUACAUACCUUGUUUGAUUCUUUACUGUGUUUGUUGUUCAGGCUGUAGCUGUCCUGAUUGUCUAGGGAGAAGACACAUGAGAAUAUUUAACACUUUCUUUAUGCAGAGGCAACGAGUAAAAAGAAAAAAAAAGUUUAUCGAUAAUUGAUCUGACAGGAACAUUUGUGCUUCUCAAAUUAAAAGUGAAAUAUAUUGUA